AUGACUCGAACGGUAUUGCCGCGUUCCUUGUGUGAUUGGGACUUUAUCGACGUCCGAUCUUUCCUGAACUACCAACGCACUGCUGCAAAGGUUAAUCAAAGUUCUUUUGCUGCUAUGUUGAAGCUCGAAAAGGAAAGGAGAAGCCGAUCAGAAGUGCUAGGCAGCGCUUGUUUUCCUCACCCACAGAGUCGAGAAGAAGAUGAAGGCGAAAAGUUCUGGUCAUCAUGGCAAGAAAAGUACUGGUUGAUGCACUUACCGAAGCAUUUCUCCUGUUUUUCAGAAACCGACCAAAGAUUUGGAAUGAGUAGUGAUGCUUUCAUCAGAACACAGUUGUUGGAAAAAGUGGGAGUAUUCGUCCAUGUUCGCCGGUCAUCGUUCUGGUUGCAGAAUGCAUCUUGGUGCAGUGGCGGUACUCGGAAGGCGAAGAGGAGAAACUACGAUGCAUCUCGGCCACGAGCGACGUACGCGAAGGACAAGGCGAAGAUCUUUGAACGCGUCAGCAAAGUCCUCAAAGAAGAGUCUCUCGGAGUGAAGGGCUGCUGA